CACGUGAUCAACGAUGUCGUCGAUUUGAGGAUUGGAACGGGAAGUUGAAACGGGUCAAGAGAGAAUAUUAACGAGUGUUUUUUUCAUAUUAAAAAAGAAGUCUAAUCUCAAUGUCUUUUAUACUUAAGAUAUAAGAUAGAUACAGCAUAAUAAUGCGAUAAUGAUUUAUGAAAGUUGAAAAGAAUUGAAGAUUAUGAUGGCAUUAUCAUCUUGAUUUCUAGGAAAUGAUAAAAGAAUUGUAAAGAAUCUAAUUUUCAACAUCAUGAGUGAAGUAGCACCCAGUAGCUCCUUGUUUGAGCUUAAUGUGACAAUUGUUUCUGCAAAACUUCAUUCAUCAUCAUUUUUUAAACCAAAUCCUUAUGUUGAAUUAUAUGUUGAUGGAGGAGCACCAGUGAAAACUGAUUACAUUAAAAGUACUUCAUUUCCAAAGUGGGAGGAGCAUUUCCCAUUAUUGGUUACACCGUACUCCAAACUGAAUUUUAAAAUAUGUAAUCAUAGUGCUUUAAUGAAAGACAGUAUUUUGGGUGAAUGCAGUGUUGAUGUUUAUAGUGUUUUAGAAAAACAUGGUGGAAAAUUGGAUAAAUUGACUUUGCCCUUGGAAUUAAACACUCUUAGUAAGUCUGGCAGAUCUACUACGUAUCUGAUAAUUCUAUUGGACGGAAUGCAUAUAGAGUUAUCUCGUUUUCCUUCUCGCCAUUCAGAAAACACCAACACAGAAAGUAAGUUUAAUAUUUAAUUUUCAUAAAUUAAU